GGUGACCUGAGAUUUCGACGGGUACCCUAUUCAAUGGAGGGCGACCAAAGUGGAACUCGCCCAAGAUUUUCUAACUGACCGAAAAAAAAAAAAACUUUGUCACGCGUUAUAGUACUAGAGGCCUAACGCGAAGAGUUAGUUAUAUCAUGGUUCAAAAUCUCCGAUUAUGUUUCCCUCCCGUUAUCUCCGGAAAAAAGUCAAAAAAAGUCUGCUCACGAAAACGAUGGUGAUGACAAGUUCCGGCCUUCUAGGCAUCUUCCUUCCUAUUGCACGCGUAGGCGAAAACCAAAAUGGUGUUUCUGUGCAAGAUGAGGAGGAGUAGAGGAGAGGGCCAGGGAUUCUUCCUUCUUUGGUUUAUCCCCAUUUUGUACGACCAAUUAAGUUGGGGCUCCGAUAAGGAGGGCAACGGAAGGGAUACUGGUGGCUGGUUCUUGGUCAGUAAUGGAGGAAAUAGCUGAAAAUUCUAUUGGUGAUGGAAAUGCUGCUGCUCUGUCGUCUACGGAGAUGUCAGGUUCAAGAAGCUUUGCAUUUUCAAUUGUGGCUCCUAGGAAAGAGGGAAAGCAGACACAGAAUUUGACUGAAAUGAAGCCUAGUAAGGACGACAAGAUGGGUCUUGAGCUCUCUCUCAGCUUACCAAACGUUUCAUGGCUGCCUAUUGGGAGCACCCCAGAUGGCGAAAAAGAGCAGCAGCCAUCGAGGGUUGACUUUGACUUUCUUGAAUCAGUCAUAGCAAAGCCAGUAGUAGUAGCAGCUAACAUGUUUGAGGAAAUGUCCGAAAGAGAAAUUGCUUGUUUGAAGGAGUCAGCCAGGGAAUUGAUCUGCGAUCCGGGUCAGAUCUAUAUGCUAAGCGUAAUUCGCCAAUUACUCCCAAAAAGGUCUGUUAUCAAUCUGGAGUUGCUGCUACAUAAGUGCCAUCGAACUCAGUUGCGGAUCUUGGUGGCCAUCAAGACUGGUCAAGCUGAAUUACUUGAGUUUGAUUUUCCUGUGUUUUUCUCUGACUUGGCAGAAAUAUAUGUGGAGUUAAGGUGUAGAAAUCUGAAAUGCCAGAUACACUUAGGAGAGAAUAUAUGUAAUUGCAAGUUCUGUGCGGAAAAGAAUGGUUUUUGUAAAGAUUGCAUGUGUAUGCUGUGUUCAAAGUUUGACAUGGAAUCUACUACCUGUAGUUGGGUGGGGUGCGAUAAAUGUCUGCACUGGUAUCAUGUAGAUUGUGGGAUGCAAGAAUCUUGUUUUAGAAAUGUGCUUAGUGCCUCUGGAAAUGGAGCAGAGAUGAACUUGUUCUGCAUUGCUUGUGGUCAUACUUCUGAAAUGUUUGGCUUUGCUUUUAAAAAGUGUGGAAAGGAGUUCACAUCAGAAGCUCUUUCCAGGGAACUAAAUUACUUUCGGAGGAUCUUUUCUACAAGCAAUAAUUUUAGAGGGAAAAGAUUGCAUGAGAUAGCAACUCUGAUGCUAUCAUUUUUGGAAGAUAGAGCUAAUGUUCAAGAAGUUGAACAUCAAACUGCAGGUUCCUUUAAUGUGGAGAAGAUUUGGAACCUUUUUGAGUACUGUUGUGAAGUUCUGGGCAGGACUCUGACCAUUGACAAGCUAUUAGAUAUCUUCAAGAACCAUGGUCCAGAGUGGCAGCAAUUGCAAAAGACUCAACUUAAGGAACCUGAGGAGCUGGUUCUGAAGACAUCUGGCAAGGAGAAAGAUGACUUCAACUGGACAGGCUUAUUGUCUACACCAAGUGACCCAGCUCAAAUUCAAGCAACAACAUGUCAGAUAGUGUGCUCUUGGAGAGGGCCAGAAAGCUGCUCCGGGGCAACAAUGGAUCAUCUAGAGUUCAGUGUGAUGGGCUUGCGGGCAUGAUGCAGAUAUUUGACAAUGACAAACAUGGAAAUAACUGGAUAAGCUUGUCAUCAUCCUCUUCUUCCCCAAUUUACCCACCUUGGGGAGCAUAUACAAAGUCCAAGAAAAGGCAUUUACUUUAGUUGCACUUAGUUGGAACUGUCUUUUACCUGAUUGUUGGGAAAUAGCAUAUGAAUGACUUAAUAGUUCAGGGGUUUAGCAAUAUUUGACAUCCUUUGCGAAUUGUAUGAUAUAUCGUGGGUAAAAAGUGGAAAAGGAAACAAAAGGGAGCAUAAAUCUUAAAAGACAGUUUUGUUCUAAUUCACAUACCAGCAUUCAUGGCAACCAUGGGUAAAACAAACUGCUAUGUUGUUUUGCUUCUUGCGCCUUUAAAUUUGAACGAUUUAGAACAGUUGAAAAGUUUGGGGAAGCGUAAGGAGCAGUGAUAUGGAGCUGAAAUUGACACUACUCUUCCCCUGAGUGAGCGUUGGACCAACGUGGUAUUAAACCUGGAAGAUUGAAGGAUAAUAUUUGCAUCAUCCUGGAUAUUGGGGACUGAAUUGAGAUUAUCUCACAUACUUAGGGAACUAUUGCUAAACUUUUCCCAAAUACAAUAAUGGAGUUCAUGUAUCAUUCUGAGGAAAAGAAGAAUCUCACAGCAUCAACACUUAUUUAAUGGGGCUGAGAAGCUGCUUUUGGUGUUCAGCCAGCGAGACUGGCAAAUUCUCUUUCCACGAAUAAGAACUCUUUUCUUAUCUUCUUAAUGUGUUUAAUUUACUUUGUGCCUAAGUUAAACUCAAGAUGAAGGGAAAUUUGGCGAAGUACUAUGCUCUUGGAGAAGGCCACAGAGCUGCUCCAGGAAACAGAUAAAGUAAGAGGUGCAAAGAAUGGUACUUGAGAAGGCGGUCAAGGCAUUUUCAGCAACAAAGCUGGAAAUAACCACGUCAUCUUAUCAUCAUCUGCGUCUUUCUUGCAAUUCUCCUGCAGGAAAAACAAUGCCAGGAAAAGGUAGUUUCCCAAAAUUGCUAGUUAGCUAGCCUCAUGAUUUUGUCUGCUGGAGAAGAUCAACUUCCUGGUACAGAGAUUUGCAUCAAAAUUAGAACGAAGCACAAUAAAGUGACUAUUGGAUAAUAGUGCAUGCGUUUAGCUGUUUCCUAUAUGGUGCCAAUUGUCUUGUUUCGGUGGAAAACGAGUUUGUAUGGAAAUGAUUGCUUUAAUAUUCUAUCGUCAAGCCUGUUUAUCA